AUGCAGGUCUUUGGGCCACCGAAGACCCGCUCGACGAGCGGCAUCGAUUUUGACAAAUACGAUGCUAUCCCGGUGCAGGUUUCGGGCGAGAACAGCACGGACGUGAAACCGAUCGUCCGUUUUUCAGAGGCAAAGCUCGUGGACUCCCUCUUCGACAACCUCCGGCGAUGUGGGUACGAUCGCCCAACCCCUGUGCAGAAGUACUCUAUACCCAUUGUGCUGUCCGGGCGCGAUCUGAUGGCUUGCGCACAGACGGGCUCAGGAAAGACCUGCGCCUUCAUGGUGCCCUGUCUCGAGUCCCUGCUCCGGUCUGGACCACCACAGCAGAACAGCAGGGGCCGGCAGAAGCCAGCGCCUUGUGGCCUUUGCCUGGCGCCCACGCGCGAGCUACGGCCUCAGCCAUCCUGGUUGUGA